GGGUCUUCUCUUGUUGUCCAUGUGCGGAGGGACGUGUUGGUGAUGGGUGGCACGGAGAAAAAGAAGUAUGAGCGAGGAGCUGCCACAAACUACAUUACUAGAAAUAAAGCCAGGAAGAAGCUGCAACUUAGUCUUGCAGAUUUCAGGCGACUAUGCAUUCUGAAGGGUAUUUAUCCUCAUGAACCGAAACACAAGAAGAAAGUUAACAAAGGUUCAACAGCUCCACGCACUUUCUACCUCUUCAAAGAUAUCAAAUUCUUACUGCAUGAGCCUAUAGUGAAUAAAUUUCGUGAUUAUAAAGUAUUUGUCCGGAAAUUACGGAAGGCCUAUGGAAAGGCUGAAUGGGAAACCGCUCAAAAGCUUCAGGAGAAUAAACCUGUGUACAAGCUAGAUCAUAUUGUCAAAGAAAGGUAUCCUACCUUCAUAGAUGCACUCCGUGAUCUUGAUGAUGCCUUGUCUAUGUGCUUCCUAUUUGCCACAUUCCCUCGCACGGGUAAAUGUCACGUACAUACAAUUCAGUUAUGUCGGCGCCUGUCUGUGGAGUUUAUGAAUUUUGUUAUUGCCUCCAGGUCACUUCGAAAGGUAUUCUUAUCUAUCAAAGGAAUUUAUUAUCAGGCUGAAAUUCUUGGUCAACUGAUAACUUGGAUUGUGCCCUAUACGUUUGCACAUGAUCAUCCCACAGAUGUGGACUAUAGAGUGAUGGCAACAUUCACAGAGUUUUUCACAACCCUUCUUGGAUUUGUCAACUUUAGACUGUACCAGAGCGUCAAUCUUCUUUAUCCCCCAAAGCUUGAAAACAAUGCUGAAGAAAGUGACCUGAAGCAAGACAAUGAAGAGAAAUAUGCAAUGGAUUCUGAAAGUUAUAUGGAGAAAUUGGCUGCGCUGGGUGCAAGUUUAGCUCGUGUGAUAUCCUCAAGUGAAGACGAUGACGUGGUACCUGAUGAGUUCCCUGCAGAAGAUGAAAACGCUGUACUGCUUGAAGAGAGGCAAAAAGAACAACAAAUGCUAGAAAAACAGAAGAAGUUGUUUGAGGGGUUAAAGUUUUUCUUAAACCGAGAAGUUCCACGUGAAUCACUGGCAUUUGUCAUAAGGUGUUUUGGAGGCAAGGUAUCAUGGGAUAAAUCACUUUGUAUAGGUGCGACCUAUCCUGUAACAGAUGAUACCAUUACUCAUCAGAUUGUGGACAGGCCAAAUCUGGAUAAGCAGUUUAUUAACAGGUAUUAUAUCCAGCCUCAGUGGGUCUAUGAUAGUGUUAAUGCUAAAACACUUCUUCCUGUAGAAGCUUAUUUUCUGGGAGUAAUCUUACCACCUCACCUGUCCCCAUUUGUGGAGGAGAAAGAAGGAGACUAUAUUCCACCAGAGAAACUCAAACUCUUGGCCAUUCAGAGAGGCGAGAGCACAUAUGAAAGCCAAAAUGAAUCCGAAGAGGAUGAACAGGAUGAUGAGUCUGAGGAUGAAGAAGAUGAGGAUAUGGAUGAAACUGAAAAGCAAGAUGAAGAAAUGCUGAAGAAAAUGGAGGCUGAGAAGGUGAAAAACAAACAACUGAAUGUGAAAGUCACUGCAGGAGCAGUCAAGCUGGAAAACAAAACAGAAGCAUCUCAACGAGAACAAGCUGAAGAGAAGCGCCUAGCUAUCAUGAUGAUGAAGAAAAAAGAGAAGUAUUUGUACAACAAAAUUAUGUUUGGCAAGAAGAGAAAAGUUCGUGAGAGAAACAAGUUGGCAGCUAAGAGGAAGGCUCAUGACGAUGUACUUAAAGCUGAGAGAAAGAAGCACAAAAAAGUUAAAUUACAGUAAAAUACAGAGGAGCAUUGCAUAUUUGAGAUUUUAAACUAAAUUCGGAUAAGUUUGUCGAUACAGAUUCUGUGAAUAGUCAUCGGCUAUGAGAUACCCUUCUUUCACUGAGGCAGUUUCAUUGUCUCCUGGAUUUUGAAGGUUGCUAUUUAGAAAGAACUCUGUAAAAAAUAAUUUAAGACUUUUCUACAAGAGUACUUGUAAAGUGUAAGAUUAAAAUGUUGUCCUCACAGGACAUGUCUUAUGUUUGUCAAUUUCUCAUCCUAUUAAAUCAACUUCUAUUUUUAAAAUCCAGGAAUGCCCCUUUGGCAUUAUAAAGUGUUGUAAGCAGAAAAUGUUGAUCUGAAAUAUCUAAUGCCUCUGUGCAGUUUAAACUUGAAUUGAUGAAUGGGGAAAGCCAAAAUUGGAAUCCGAUGUAGUUUGACAACUGCAGAUGGAAUCUUGUGGAAAUGGUGGGUCUUCCCAUCCACAAUGUUAUGUUCCAUACACCACCUUGUGGGGCGCAGAAGCAGGUCUUUUUCCAGGGUGAAGACCCCUGGGAAUGGAAGUCCUGACUGUUCUUGUGUAAUCAGCAGUGUCACUGAGGUGCCAUUGACUGCUGCUGGUAUGACACCCGCGAUGAUCUUUAAUAGAAUAGAGAUCUGGAUGAUCAAUUGCAUGUGGAGGAGACACAUGAAUUUGGUAUUGGCUUUCACCUCCCCUUCCCAACAACCAAUAUAUCCCUCAGACAUUGAAUUCUUUGAACUAGGCAUUUCCCUUCCCCUUCCCCCCCCCCCCCCCCAGCCUCCCGAGUUUCCUUGUUGUCUCCCUGGAUGGCAAAUGCCCCGUGCAUUCCUCAACCCGCCCCAACCUUUACAAGAUAAGCAGCUGUUAUCCCAAUUGGUACUGAAUUAAUAUCUGCUUUGGCAGGAUGAGGCUCUAACUGGGAAUUAAUUGCCUGUUCAGCCUAAAUUGGCAGCGUGGCAGGAAGACUGUCCAGCAUAGAAUUAAUCCGGCUGUAGGUGGCCCGACGCCCACCCAUCAAUCCCUCCACCUGAUUAAAUUCUAUCCACUGCCACAGGUCAGAUUACAAAAUUCCUCCCAGUGUGUGGUCUGACAGUUGGUGUACACUUUUUAUAUUGUAAAUUUGUUUUUUCUAUCAUCAUCACUUUAAGAUUUCUGGUUGUCUCAUUUUAAUUUGAACACUUUGUCAUUUAGUGACACUUAAUUGAGAACUAGCUAGCCAAAUGAAUGAACUUGUCACCAUUUAAGAUUAAACAAAGUAUAUAAAGCAA